CUCGCAUCAAGCAGGGUUGUGGCCGAUGGGAGAUGUUGUGGAGGUGAGACUGUCGGUGGGAGAUGUUAUGGAGAGAGAUGGCAUGUGGGAGAUGCUGCAGAGAUGAGAUAGCCGGAGCAGGAGCAGGGGGAUGCGUUGGAGCUGCUACAAGAAGAGGGGACGGGCGAUGACGAUGGCGAGUGGGGAGCUGCUAAGGGGACUGGGGGUGGGGACGAUGUUGACAGGAAACGCAAAAGCUGGGAUGGAAAGUGACAAAGAAGCGGAGGAGCUGCUACAGGAUGAGGGGGCGAGGACUGCGAUGGCGAUGGCGAGCGGGGAGCUGCGACGGGGACUGGGGAUGCCGACGAGACGCGCCGAAGUCGGGGCGGGAAGUGUCGACGGCGGCAGGGUCUAGAGUCGCUCUUUUUUCUCUAUUCGCGAAGAAGACGAAGGAGAAGAAGUGUCAAUUAGGAUGCUAGGGUUUAUUUUUUUCCAGCCCGACUAUUUUGCCUUUCACAUUCUGUUUUUUAUUUUUUAUUAAUUAGAACGGCUGGAAGGGGGGAAAAUUGAGCGACCAGCUUGAGUGAGUAAUCGCCUCGGCCGCUUACCGGCGAUUGCAGAAAUUCGGAAUUGCUAAAUGACUUAUCUGAGACAGGUUUAUGGCCGGGUGGCGGUUUUAGUGAUCCGGUCGGCUCGCUUGGUCCUAAUAACACUGACUUUUAUCU